AUGUCGAAACCUGUCUUUACGCGGGCUGAAGGUCAACCGGUCUCAGACCCAGCUGUUAGUCAAACGCUGCCUACCUUUGGCGGCGGGGCUCAUACAACCUUGGGUGAUACACUACUCAUUGAGACCCUCACGCAUUUUAACCGUGAGCGUAUCCCUGAAAGAGUUGUCCAUGCUAAGGCUUCCGGUGCCUGGGGUGAAUUCGAAGUCACCAACGACGUAUCCUCCCUCACCUCGGCCAAGUUCCUCAAUGGCGUUGGCAAGAAGACCCCAGUGCUCUUCCGUCUUAGCACCACUGGUGGCGAGAAGGGCAGUGCAGACACCGUUCGUGAUGUGAGAGGCUUCUCUGUAAAGUUCUUCACCGAGGAGGGCAACCAUGACAUCGUUGGAAACCACGUUCCAGUGUUCUUCGUCCGUGACCCGAUCAGGUUCCCGUCCCUGAACAGAAGCCACAAGAAGCAUCCUGCCACCAACCGGAUGGAUCCAACUAUGUUCUGGGACUUCCACGCCAACCAACCAGAGAGUGUGCACGCCUUGAUGCACCUGUUCGGUUCCCGCGGUCUCCCCGAUUCCAUCCGCCGAGUAACAGGAUUCGGCGUGCAUACUUUCAAGCUAGUGGCAGCCGACGGUCGAUCCCGCUACUGCAAAUUCCACUUCCGGCCGAUGGCGCCUAUUACUCACUUCUCUGAACAAGACGCGGGCCGUAUGGCCGGAGUAAACCCCGACUGGCAUAACCAGGAUCUGUGGGAUGCCAUCGCCCGCAAGCAGUUCCCAGUCUGGAAGCUAUACGUGCAGGUGAUGGAGCCUGAGCAGGCUGAGACAUACGGCCGUGCUCUUUUUGAUAUCACCAAGGUCUGGCCUCACAAGGAAUUCCCCUUGAUUGAGGUUGGCAAAAUGACCCUCAACAAGAAUCCGGAGAACUACUUUGCAGAGAUCGAGCAGGCGGCAUUCUCGCCGUCGAACAUGGUCCCUGGAAUCGCGAUGACCCCGGAUCCUAUGCUGCAAGCCCGCAUGUUCGCCUACCCCGACGCCCAGCGAUACCGUCUCGGAGUCAACUACACACAGCUCCCUCCUAACCGUGCAAUCUGCCCCGUCUACGCACCCUACGAGCGCGACGGCAUGGGGACCAUCACCAAGAACUAUGGCGGCGACCCCAACUACGUGCGGAGCGCACUGACCCCGGGCGUCCCCAGCCAGGUACUUUCGGACGUGCGACACACCGAGCGCAUUGAGCAAAAUGCAUUCCUUGGCCAGAACGAGAUUCAUGUCGAUGAUUAUGAUUACAUCCAGCCUCGGGAUCUAUGGAACAGAGUUUUCGAUGAGAAGGAAAAGAAUGUCUGGGUUGCGAAUAUGUCUGAGACGCUGGAGUCUGUGCCUCCUGGACUGAAGGAAGCCGUCCUCCAGAUGUUCAGCAAGGUUGACCCUCGUAUCUCGGAAAUGGUAGCCGCUAAGCUGAAGAGCAGUGCGCAUCUUUGA